GUGACAUGCAUUACGCAGGACUGCGGCACACCGUGACUAUCCUACUGGCCAUGUAAAGACAGCAGAAGACCCUAGUGACCUUUUCCUCCCAGGACCAUCGUCGUCGACCAUGGCAGGAUUCGUCGAUGGCAGACCCGCCAAGCUAAGAGCGGCGUGCGACGCCUGUAGCGAGUCAAAGGUGCGGUGCAGUCAGGCGAAGCCUACCUGCGGGCGAUGUGAGAAGAACGGCAUCCAGUGCAUCUACGGGCUGUCGCGCCGGAGUCACAGGUCGGCCGCUCGGGUCGGGGAGUCAUACCACCAAGUGGCGCCGCCGAAUGCUUCCUCGUUCAGCAACGCCAACCUAUCAUUUCUAAGUCCGACCCUAUCUCGGCUAUUUCCGUCUUCCGCCGGCGACGGCACCUUGAACGGCGCGGAAGCGCACGCGGGGAUCUAUGCCGACUGCUCUUUUGCACAUCCUAAUAUGCUGUACUUUCGGAGCCUGGAUUAUGAGGGCGCCGCGGCGGCAUCGGCGGCGGCGGACUACGUGGAGAGGAACUCUCUCCUGUUCCCCACGGGAAGCCACUUGAAUUUACCCCAAGACCAAGAACUGAUCGGCCAGCCGCGGCGGCUCUCCUCCCUUUCAUCUUCCUCACGAGGAUUUGAUGCAGGCCACCCGAACACUACAGCCUCAUUAACUACCGCGGCCGAGCUGCCCGACGAGUCCUGGCCCUGGCCCUCCAUAUACCCCGACGGUAGACGGUUGUUAAGUCCGGAUAAGGGCAAGGAUAUAUGUCCGUCGAAUCACCGCGUGAGGUGCAGUUGCGCGUCCCGGCUGGUCGGGUCGCUCCACAUGUUACAGUCCGCGUGGCUAGGUGAGCAGCCGUCCUUUGACGUGCAGCUAUCACGCUUGAGGAAGGCGACUAAGCUUUCCGAGGACUGUAUAAAGUGCGCGUGCCAAUCUAAAGACGAACUCGUUACUGUUACGAUUGGCAUUCUAUUAUUCCGCAUCAUUCAGGGGUUCGAGACAGCUCUAGCGCUGGCCCGACCCGAUGGGCAGGGCACAGUACUGAUACCGCGGCCUUCUCGCCCGCAUUCGGCCGCCCCGUCGCCGCCACUCCUGUGGGGGAGUAUGCAAUUCGACCACGAGGAGAUGGAGCACAUGAAACAGCAUCUAUGGCUGCUCCAAUUUCGGAAGCUGGAGAAGAUUCUAGAGUCGCUUGGCGAGUCUGUAACUAGGAUGAGGGCUGCGGGGGCGCAGACGAGAGGGGAGGGAGACAAUCACGAUGAUCUACAAGCGCAUAUCUCGAGCAUCGGCGGCGGCAGCAACAGCCUCAACAGCAUCAUUGGAGGCAGCAAGGGAGGGGGCGGCAGUAAUUCCGCUUUCGUUAUGGCGUGCGAAUGCAUCCACAUGUGGCUUAACCAGCGGGCGCGAGCGCUCCGAGAGAAGUACGUAGCACAAUGCUCUCCGCACGUAGAGCCAGCGCGGUGACACGCAAAGCCGUCGGACAACUGUAGGAAUAGUCAAAUACAAGGAUGACGCGAGC